AUGAAUCUUCGCACAUUGCAACCCUUCGAGGAAGUUCUGGAAGACCUUGGGCAAGUGUUAAAAAUGAAUGGAGCUAAGAGAAUGUUUACUGUCUCAGGACAAGAGGUCAGAAGUUUCUCGCAGUUAAGGAACGAAUUCGCGGAUGUGGAUACAUUUUAUUUAGGUACUGGAUCAGCUCUUAGUAUAGCUGGUGGUGCUACAACAUCCCCAGUACGAAGAUCAAGAUCACGUGGUCCAUCCACUGUAGUGGAAGAAGUUAGUCGACAAAGAAGGGCUCGCAGUAAAAGCAGACCUCGAGCCUUGUAUGCACCAGACUCCGAAAUUGUUCGAGUAAACGAUUAUAGUGUUGUGGAAGUGUUACGCGAUGAACCAGCUAGGGUGACGAUUAGAGGACUUAGACGGUCAUUUUAUCCUCCUACCCAUUUACCACCGAUCGACAAUUUGCCGCCAGAGAAAAAACUGCAGCUCGAAUGGGUCUAUGGUUAUCGGGGAACCGAUACUCGUAGAAAUCUUUGGGUUUUACCCAGUGGCGAAUUGUUAUACUAUGUUGCGGCCGUAGCCAUUCUUUUUGAUCGAGAAGAGAACGCACAACGGCACUACAUCGGUCAUACAGAAGACAUUACAUGCAUGGAA